UCUACUUUCCCUCUCCAUCUCCUCACUCCUUCAGAUCCUCCAUACAAGCUCCUCCAAGCUCCUCCAAGCUCGCCCAUCUUUCUCCCUCCUCUCCAAAAGCAAAUCCAUUCAUACCCUCAAAACAAGUCCACCCCCACUUCAUCAAGAUCGGCCUACACCACACCCUGUUCGCUCUCAGCAAGCUCAUCGAUUUCUGCGCCGUCUCGCCUUCGGGUGACUUGCCUUAUGCGCUUUCCCUCUUCGAAUCUAUCGAUGAACCUAAUCAAGUCGUUUGGAGCACAAUGAUUAGAGGGCUUUCCUUGAGUUCAUCCCCUGAACUCGCCUUGGAUUUCUUUGCUAAAAUUAUAACGUCCGGUCUUGUCCCGAAUUCUUAUACUUUCCUUUUCGUUUUUUAGUCUUGCGCGAAAAUGGAUGGUAUCCAAAUGGGGAACAGGUUCAUGGAAAGGUUUUGAAGCUUUGGAAAGGUUUUGAAGCUUGGGCUUGACUCUGAUGCCUUUGUUCAUACUUCACUUAGUGAAUUAGGUAAUGCGCGUUUGGUGUUUGAUAAAAGUCCUUUGAGAGAUGCAGUCUCUUACACAGCGUUGAUAAUUGGGUAUAUAUCUAUUGGUUAUAUGGAAAGUGCUCGUGAACUUUUCGAUGAAAUUCCUGUUCGAGAUGUAGUGUCCUGGAAUGCGAUGAUUGCGGGGUAUGUCCAGACCGGUCGAUACGAAAAAGCAUUGGCCUUUUUCGAAGAGAUGAUUGGAGGCUCUGGAGCGAAUGUUGUGCUUAAUGAAAACACAUUGGUGACGGUCCUGUCGGCUUGUGCUCAGUCGGGUUCUCUUGAAACGGGGAAGCAUUUGGAGAACAGGGGAAGUUACGGAGAAGAUGUAUUUGAGGAAGAAAACCUAUAGAAAAAAGAGUAAAUUAAUAUUUUAUUUCUAAAUCA